ACUCGAAAUAUCAAUUUCAUUAAAUUCCCUCUAUACCACAAGUCACCAUUUUGACCCACUAGACCGCCGGAGAUUCAACGCCUGAACUCCUUUUUUCACGAUUAUGGCACAUGCUGAAUCUGGAGCAAGGGAGGCAAUGCAAGGGAGUAAUGCUCCUAGAAAACCCCGAAUUCUGCUUGCCGCAAGUGGAAGUGUAGCUGCCAUAAAGUUUGGGAACCUCUGCAGCUGUUUCUCCGAUUGGGCAGAUGUAAAAGCUGUGGCCACUCAAGCAGCUUUACAUUUUAUUGACCGAACAACACUUCCUAAAGAUGUGAUUCUUUAUACUGAUGAACAUGAAUGGUCUUCUUGGUCCAAGAUAGGAGAUAGUGUGCUGCACAUAGAGCUUCGUAGGUGGGCUGAUAUAAUGGUGAUUGCCCCAUUGUCAGCAAAUACACUUGGCAAGAUUGCUGGUGGACUGUGUGACAACCUGCUGACCUGUAUCAUUCGAGCAUGGGAUUAUGAAAAACCAAUAUUCGUGGCACCAGCAAUGAACACAUAUAUGUGGACCAAUCCUUUCACAGAAAGGCAUCUUAUGACAAUUGAUGAACUUGGAAUCACUCUUAUACCCCCAGUGUCAAAGAGGCUUGCUUGUGGAGACUAUGGAAACGGUGCAAUGGCUGAGCCUUCACUCAUCUAUUCUACUGUAAGACUCUUCUUGGAAUCGAGACAAAAUGCAAGUAGCAGUAUAGCACAUUGAUUUUUCUUGCAAUGUGUGUGGUAAAAUUCCUUUAACAAGCCUUUUCUAAAAAACUAAUUGGAUGUCAGUUUCUAAUGCAUUUAAGUUUCUAAAACUGUACCGUUGAUCAUUGAUAAUGAAGCACCUGUAAAGUGACCAUACCUUGAUGUACCUGAUUGAAUUCUGGAAGAGAUGUUUUGCAUAUAAAUCGAGAACAAUGGUUGAUAUACUAUCAUGUUUUUGCGA